AUGGAAAGGAAACACCCAUCCUACGUAUUUAUUGAUAUCAUACAACAAGGAUGUAUGAAAUCUACAAUUACUUCCUUGUUUUAUAUCAUUGUUUUACUGUUAAUUAUGGAUUAUACAUCUUUAUUUCAUCUAUUAUCAACUUUAUCUUGGAAUAUAUCAUCAGACCUGGUUGAUAAGUUCAUACCUAUCUGUAAUGAUACAAAACAAACCUUCAACGAUACUUUCUUCGUAUACCAUGAUGGUUUUUCACAGAAAAGUUUAAAACAACAUAAUUGUUCUUGUCAUAUCUAUUCCAAUAGUAACAAUUCAAGAAUUGACAUCCAAUAUUUAACUCUUAUUAACAAAGAAAACACAUCACUUUAUCUUCAAAAAAAAAAAAAAAAUGAGUUUAAGGAUACAAGUAAAUUCAAAUGUUCUGCAAGACACAAAUGUUCCUUUAGACUGCGUAAUAAUGGUACAAUACAGUUUACUGAAAAUGGUGGCAUUUCACAAUUUCUAUUUGAAGUCAGUGGCAAAACAGAUAAUGAUUUAAAUAUAACGUUAUCAUGUAAAAGUAAAUCAACUGAAAUUACACAUCCUGGUAUGGUGGAAAAAUUAGAAGAAAAUUUCACUAAAAAUGAUCAAGUACCACUUCCUGUCCCUAGCAAUAACAAGACAAGUAGUAUCAAUAUUGGAAUGAUAUUAACAGGAAUUGGUAUCUUUAUGAUAUUUAUUUCGAUACUAAUCAUUUUUAUAUUCUUAAGAAAAUAUAGACAAAAGAAAGAUGUUUCCGAGAAAGUAAUAAAUACACACAAAGUAUCAGAGAUCAUUCCAGAAAAAACAUCAGAAAUCAAAAGUACCAAGGAAUCCAAGCCUGAUGAAGAAGAUUAUGAGUUUUGUGAAAUCACAGAGUAUUAUCCAUUAUGUAAAGAAAAAACUGAGCCUACAAUACCUAAUGUACCUUCCAAACCACCUCCAACCAAACAAGAAUCUGUUGAUUUUACCAAUUCAUCUGGUAACAGAAAGUCAGAUACACAUACAGAUCAAACUUCAACUCCACAAACAGACAGAUAUUCAAAUGUUCAAUUGGAAUCACAGCCAAUACAAAGGGAAACGACUAAUCGGAAGAGUGUAAAUUCUAAUCACACUGAUAUAAAAUCAAACCAUCAAUCUGUAUUACUGGAGAAUGGACAAUAUGACUAUGAUAAUUUAGAUGAUAUUGAAGACACUUAUAAUCAUCUAGAAAAUGUUUUCUCCCCUCAGACCUCAUUAAAUAAAUCAUUUACUGAAGAAAGUCUGAGCAAGAGUCCAAAUUCAUGUUUUGAUAACAAAAAAUGCUACUCCAAGAGUGGUGAAAUAUUUGGAGAUCUAGAAAUUAAGAUGUUACAUAAUUGUGGAAUCAGUGAUGUCAAAGACAAAAGGAAACCAGUUAUGAAGGAUGAGGCUGGACAGAAAAGUUCUAAUCAAGAUGAUGAUAAUGUGGAGUUAAGAACAAAAGCCUCAUCUUCAUCAAGAAGUCUCAGUUAUAACAAAUUGUUGAACAAUUCAGGUAAAAGUGACUUUAAUGAUGUGGUUUGUGAAUUGGUGCAAAGGUCAAAAUCCUGUUCAAGCACAGUUCAGAAUCCUGAAAUGAUAAUAAUUGAAAAUGACUUGUAUGAAUCUAUGGAUGGUUAG